AUGGCCUCAACACUCCGCCAAUCGCAGCUCGAAGACGCAAUCUCUGCUGGUCACUGCGACAACAACAAUCGCCGGUGGAAAGAGUAUGUUCCGCGAAGUAGGGCGAGUCGACAGUCCGAAGAGGCGUCCGUGGUCGACAGUCCAGUUCAGUCCAGAAAGGUAGAGACGAAGACUAAGAGUAGGAUUUUGGAAAUCGAAGAGCAAGAGAAGCCUCCCGCUGCGUUGAACGAAACUAAGCGCCGUGAUUCGCUUCACAGGACGAAGAUGAAGACCGACGUAAAUGCGAAGAAGAACAAGCGACAAGCACUGCCACUGAACUCGUUCGGCCUGUACUUCACCGAAGUCACUGAAGCCCGCCAGAAAGCUCGGGGACUGGACUGGCCACCUCGUCAGGAUGAGACUCUCCCAAACACCAAAGAAGAGCGGAUAACAGUCGUUCGUAAGCUCUUCACUGCCAUCCAAGACACCAGUGACAUCCAGGACAAGAUGUCGAGCCCUAUGCUCAAGAAGCGCUGGCUGGCAGAGAGUGCAGGAGAAUCGAGCCAGACAAAACGCACGCAGAAGAUCGCUACCAAUACAGUGUACAAACCUUGGGUGAAAGAGCGUCUCUGCUGGGAUAUCUUGGUCAGUUUCGCUAUAGCAUACGCAAUUACAGGCGCUAACAUGAACAAGGAAACAACUGAACGCAUCUAUCGAGAAGGCGCAGGGUUCGUUUCGAUCUUGGAUCCUGUCAUGAUCGAUCGCUGCGAGAAAUCACGGAAGCUCACGUUCGAGGAGCGUAUUUCGAAACUUGUCGUAGUGUUGAAGUCAUACAAGAGCCGUGUCGACAAGCUUUUGCGUGGAGGAUGUGUCGAGGAGUAUGUUUUAUGCCCGGAUACUCUUCUCCAGAUCAGCUCGAGCAACCGCCAACAGAACGACGAGCGCCAGAAGGACCUUACUGCUGGCCGAAAGCGCGAAGAUCGGCUCGUCAAGAAGCCCGGGAAGAAAAGGCAGAUUCGUAGGUCUAUCAUCAGGCACCAUGAACUUUACUGA